AUGGCACCCAAAGUUGAACACGCCGACAACCUCCAACCAGCACGGGAAGAGGAAGGCAUUGAGGGCACAACAGAGGAGAUCUUCGACAACCCAGACAAAGCAACUGCUUUUGCCAUUUGUGCCAUUGACGAGGAAUAUGACAUCGACUCGGAUAACUCCCCUCAGCCUGAAGUGCGAGCCAAUGUGCCCAACGUCGAUGACCCCUCCAUGCCAGUUAAUACGUUGCGUGCGUGGUUUCUCGGUCUUCUCUUUACUGUCUUGGGCACUGGUAUCAACCAGUUCUUUUCAAUGCGAUAUCCCAGCGUCACUAUCUCCUCCCUCGUCGCCCAGUUGGUCGCAUACCCAGCCGGGCGCGUCCUAGCCCAAGUCCUCCCCAUCAUGAAGAUCAAUGUAUUCGGCAGAGAAGUCGUCCUCAAUCCUGACCACCACUUCAACAUCAAAGAACAUGCCCUCGUCACCAUCAUGUCCAACCUCUCCUUCGGCCCCUCAUGGGCCACAGAUAUUAUCCAAGCUCAGACUGCAAGCGCAUUCCUGGGUCUGAAGACACCAGUCGGUUAUCAAUUCCUACUUGCUCUCACAAUGCAGCUAUUCGGACUGGGAAUGGCUGGCAUGGCCUAUAGGUUUAUUGUGGAACCGCCUCACAUGGUAUGGCCAUCGACACUUGCCAAUGCAGCGCUGUUUCAGACCUUGCAUGGCAGGGCAAACCCGACUGCAGAUGGCUGGGGUAUUAGCCGGUACAGAUUCUUCGUAUACGUAUUUGCAGGUGGUUGGCUUUGGUACUGGCUUCCGGGAUUCCUCUUUACUGGUCUAAGCACAUUUGCCUUCAUUUGUUGGGCUACACCAAACAACAUCAUCGUUAAUAACCUCUUCGGCAUGUCGACUGGGCUCGCUUAUCUACCUACCACCUUCGACUGGUCUCAGAUUGCAUACAACGGGUCUCCUCUUGUCGUACCAUUCUGGGCUCAGGCGAAUGUGUUUGCCGGAUGGGUGGUUGUUUUCGCUCUCGUUACCCCGAUCCUCUACUACACCAACACUUGGUACACGGCGUACUUGCCUUUCUCUGGCGGUGAUAUCUACGAUAACACCGGUAGCGUUUUCAACGCUUCUCGCGUAGUGGAUGAACACGGGGACUUUUCCCCAGAGGCAUAUCACAACUACAGCCCAAUCUUCAUGCCUGUCACCUUUGCACUCAGUUACGGCGUUUCUUUUGCGACAAUGACUUGCGUACCCACUUACAUUUUCCUAAACUACUGGAAGCAAAUCGUGGGCGCCUUCAACCCCAACCGGAAGAAAGAUGUCCACGCUCGUAUGAUUGAGCGAUACCCAGAUGCCCCAUGGUGGUGGUACGCAGCCCUGACUGCCAUUGUUCUGGGUCUUACCAUCAUGGUGCAAGAGGUCUAUGACACGCAGAUGCCUGUUUGGGGUGUAUUUUUAGCUUUUGGGCUUGCCGCCUUCUAUCUGAUCCCUACGGGGAGCGUCUAUGCUGUCGCCAACCUCAACAGUAAUGUCCUUACUGUCCUUGGGGAGAUUAUCUCAGGCUACGCGAUCCCUGGCAAGCCUGUUGUUAUGCUCAUCUUCAAGUUCUAUGCCUACACAGGACUGAGCCAAGCGAUGAUCUUUGCCUCUGAUAUGAAACUCGGCCUGUACAUGAAGAUCCCUCGCCGCACGUUGUUUGUCGCCCAAUUGACUGCUUGCAUUGUUGGAUCUCUCACUCAAAACGCCGUUGUACUUUGGAUGCUUCAUCAUGUAGAGGAUAUCUGCGAGAGCGACCAGCCGAAUAAGUACACCUGCCCUCAGGGUCGGGUUAACUUCUCAUCGAGUAUAGUAUGGGGAGCGGUUGGUCCUGCUCGUCUGUACAGCGUGGGCAAGAUCUACUCGGGACUACUGCACCUGUUCUGGCUUGGAGCAUUGCUGCCUGUCUUGACCUUUUUUCUGAGCAAAAGAUUUCCCAACAGUACAUUUUUGUCGAAUCUGCAUUGGCCUCUAUUCUUUGCUGGGACGGGAAAUGUUCCACCGGCAACUGGCAUCAACUACACUUCCGCGUUUGCAGUCUCGUUCAUCUUCAACAAAUGGAUCCGUGGCAAAUACCCUCACUGGUGGGCAAAGUACAACUACGUCCUCUCUGCCGCGCUUGACUCGGGUCUUGCAAUUUCUGCCAUUGUCAUAUUCUUCGCCCUAGUCUUCCCUGAGGUUAAUUUAAGUUGGUGGGGAAACAAUGUCCAAGGCUCUACUGCGGAUGGCCAGGGCACUCCUUGGAGGAAACUAGGGACGAAUGAAACGUUUGGGCCAUCCGUGUGGACAUGA